GCUCUUCUAUUUACCCCUGUAGCUUGUGUGUGUGUAAUCGAGAGAGAGAGAGAGAGAGAGGAUGGAGAAGGGAAGAGUGCAAGCAAUAGCUUCUCAAGCUAUAGCAACUGACACCAUCCCUGAGGAGUUCAUAAGGGCCAAGGAGGAACAACCAGCAGCCACCACCUACAAUGGACCAGUCCCUCAAAUCCCCACCGUCGAUCUCAGCGAACCAAAUAAAGACAAUCUAGUCUGUUCAAUCGCCAGUGCAAGCGAAGAAUGGGGCAUCUUCCAAGUGGUGAAUCAUGGAAUACCAGUAGAGGUGAUACAGAAGUUGCAGAAGGUUGGAAAAGAGUUCUUCGAGCUCCCAGAAGAAGAAAAAGAAGCCUACUCUUCUGUUCCUGGAUCCAUUGAAGGUUAUGGAACUAAACUUCAGAAGGAACAAGGAGGGAAGAGAGCUUGGGUUGAUUUCUUGUUCCACAACAUAUGGCCUCCUUCUGUUAUCAACUACCAAUUCUGGCCCAAGAACCCAAUUGCUUACCGGGAAGCUAACGAGGAGUAUGCGAAGUACUUGAGGGCAAUGGUGGAGAAGCUACUGAGGUUCUUGUCAUUAGGGUUAGGGCUGGAAGGAAAUGCGAUAAGAGAAGCCAUGGGUGGAGAUGAGUUGGAAUACCUUUUAAAGAUCAAUUACUAUCCACCUUGCCCUCGCCCUGAUCUGGCUCUUGGCGUGGUGGCCCACACUGACAUGUCAGCCAUCACCGUUCUGGUACCAAACGAGGUUCCUGGGCUCCAAAUCUUCAAAGAUGACCAUUGGAUUGAUGCUAACUACAUUCGUAAUGCUCUAAUCAUCCAUAUCGGUGAUCAAACUGAGAUACUAAGCAAUGGAAAGUACAAGAGCGUGUUGCAUAGAACUACUGUGAACAAGGAGAAGACAAGGAUUUCAUGGCCAGUGUUUUGCUCGCCGCCAAGGGAGAUGGUUGUAGGGCCUCUACAUCAGCUUACCAAUGAACAGAAUCCACCGAAGUACAAAAGCAAGAAAUUUAAGGAUUAUGAGUAUUGCAAGCUCAAUAAACUUCCUCAGUAAAAUGUUGAAUUUGAAAAGAAUAUGAUCCUGGCUAAUUACAAUUUUGGUUUUAAUUCUUUACCAUAAGUUAUUUUUUCAUGUAGAGGGAUGAUUUGAUCAUUUUGAAUUUUUUUUUUUUUUUUUUUAAUCAUGUGGAGUGAGGUCCACAUCCUCUAUAGUCGCUGCAACGGUGCAGUGAGCAUCCCGUGGCUGGGAGUAUCCGAGUACACACCCAAAGGGCUACCAACCACCAGAUGCUCAUUACAUCAGUGCAGUGGCUGUAGAGGAUGUGGAGGUUGUUGAGUGAUGAUUUGAUCAUUUUGAUUGUUGAAUAGAUAGAAUGGUCAUUAAAUGUUACUUCUUUUUUUGCUUUUGGUAAAUUUCAUUGAAUGCAAGUAAAUGUUAAAAUUUAUAAACCAUCAAUGUAUAUUGUUUUGUACCA